AUGGUGUCCAAGUUUUCCAGGUUGGUGCUAAAAGAAAAAAUGAUGGAAAAGGAGGAAUUGUUGGUGAAGAUUGACCAGCCAAAAGAGGUACCCGCGGGGAGGAUCGUCACAGCCCGGCAUCUCAGAAAUAGAACCGGUUUUGGGCUGAACCAAGGCGGGAAGGCGGGCAAAACAGUGGGAAACGCACGCAUGGUGACAGGCACGGGAUGCGUGGGAUGGAUUGGAUCGAAGGAAUGGAACAGUCCUCGGAGUUGGGACCCCCCCCCCCCCCCCCCCAGCAUCGCAUCUAUCCAUGGAAACAGAGCCGAGUGCCAUCCCAUGCCAAGCCUCUUGUUCGCUUGCAUUCAAGGCUGGCUAAAAAACUGGGGGUGGUUUGUGUUCUACGCCUUGCCUCACGCUACUUCAUACAAGGCGGGUACAUCCGAGUCUAAGAGAACACAGCGGUUGGGGUUUAUCCCGCCUAUGUACGCAAUCGUGUGCGGCCGCGCGACUUGA